AUGCCGAAGGAGCGUUCAAUCAAUCCUGCAGCGGCUCAGCGCAAGGCUGACAAGCAGAAAGAGAUUGCGCGCUCCAAGAAGCAGCAGCAGGCCAGCCGAAAUGAGAAGCUUGCGCGACGCAACCCGGAGCGUUUGCAACGGCAGAUUGAUGAGUUGAGGGAGCUUCAGGCGAGUGGUGCAUUGCGGCCUAAAGACGCGGAUACUCUCCUUCAGCUUGAGCGGGAUCUGAAGGGUGUACGGAGGGCAAAAGAGGCAUUAGGUGUGAAGGACGAGCCAAGGCCGGAGCGGAGACACGACGCACGAGACGAGCAGAGAGAGCGCCGACAGCAUCUUGGAAAGCGCAGGCGAGAUCAAGAAGACGCGGAGGAUGGCGGCGACACCGAUCCGGAAGUCAGAGCGAUUCCCAUGCCACGCGAUACACCUCCACCAAUACCAAGGGACAAGUUUGUCGAUCCUCAGGUAGGCGCAGACGGACACAGAGUCCCGCAUUCGCUGCCCACCAAACCUGCCGCUCCGGCAUCAAAGACAGUGUACUCCUCCGCACCGCAGAUACGAGACCUCAAAAGGGAAGCCGUCCGCUUCAUGCCCUCCGUAGUAUCACAACAGCGGAGCAGAAUCAAAGGUCAAGGCAGGUUGUUGGAACCUGAGGAGCUUGACAAGCUGGAAAAGGGCGGGUACGCCGCA